AUGCUUUUCGACCCUUCCUCGUCGUCGCUGCCCAAGCGAUCGGAAUUGCCCAAGAUCCCAGGGGCUCCCGAUGGUGCAGCCUGGUUCUGGGGCAAAGAUGACGAGCUCGGACGUCUCAAUCUCCUGACACCCGAACGCACCUCCAAGGCCGCCGCGUUGAUCAAAACCGGAGAAAUUGUAAAUCUCAAUUGGCGUGCCGACUAUCCCGAUCCCCCUGCUUUUGGGAGACAGAGCUUCAAGCACACCAUUUCACCUCUGGGCGAGACGGGGUUCGACGACCUGUACGAUAUGAACACGCAGAGUGGAUCGCAAUGGGACGGCUAUCGACAUGUUGGACUUCGUCACAAUGACAACGCGGUUUUUUAUAAUGGGGUACGUGAAGCUGUCUCCCAUCUGGCGACCAAUCCAGCAGGCUAUGACAUGACUAAACGGGUGACCAACAAACAGCUCACGACGGACGAAAUCUACAAUACGGACAGGUGCGGGAUCCAGGCGUGGGCCAAGCACGGAAUAGCUGGCCGCGGCGUCCUCCUCGACUACUGGGGCUACUCGGGUGGCAACUACGACCCGAACAGCUCGCACGCGAUCCCGCUGAGUGAACUCCAGGCGUGCGCCAAAGCCCAGGGCGUCGAGUUCCAGCCCGGCGACAUCCUGCUGGUGCGCUCGGGCUUCGUGCAAGCGUACAACAAACUGAACGCCGAGGAGCGCGAGCGCGUGGGCAAACUGUCCUUUGCCGACCUCGCCCUGGCGGGCGUCGAAGGCGGCGAGGCCAUGCUGGACUUUUUGCACGACAACUACUUUGCCGCCGUGGCCGGGGACGCCCCCUCGUUCGAGGUCUGGCCCUUCCAGCAGCCCGCACUGCACUAUUACCUCCUCCCGCGCUGGGGCAUGCCCAUCGGCGAGAUGUGGGAUCUCGAGGAGCUCGCCGAGACGUGCCGUCGCAAGAAGCAGUAUACCUUUUUCAUCAACAGCGUUCCUGCAAAUGUCCACGGUGGUGUCGGGAGCCAUCCCAACGCUGUGGCGAUUUUUUAG